UUGAACAACAAGCCAAAAAGGAUAACAGUUAAUAUUGGCGAAUAUAUUUUUGUUUUAAAUCAUGAAUUAUUCAACAGAAGAUAUUAUAUUGCUCGAUCGCGGUGCUGAUACUUCUGUAACUGUCCAUCUCCAUGGAGCUACAAUUAUUUCUUGGAGAUGUGCUGGAGAGGAAAUGUUAUUUUUAAGUAAAAAUGCCAUAUUUGAUAACUUGAAAGCUAUUCGGGGAGGAAUACCAUUAGUUUUCCCUAAAUUUGGACCUUGGAAGUAUGGACCACAGCAUGGUUUUGCUCGCGUUUUACGGUGGAAAGUUGAAAUGCAACCUAAAAAGGAUAAAAAUGGAAAUGUAUUUGCUGCUCUUAGUUUGGAAGAUAAUGAUUUAUCAAGGGCAAUGUGGAAUAUAAUGUUCAAAUUGGUCUACACUAUUCGUCUUGAAGAAUCAGCAUUACAUAUUGACUUCACAGUUCAUAACACAGAUAAAAUUACCUUUGGAUUCAACUGUUUACUACAUACUUACUUAGCAACCCCUGAUAUAACUAAAUCUGGAAUCAUAGGGUUACAGAAUCUCAACUAUCAAGACAAGGUUAAUAACUGUGAAGAUGUUGAGGAAAAAGAAGAACUUAUAGUUCGAGAACACAUUGACCGAAUUUAUAUGGAUGCCCCAAAUGAAAUAGUAGUAGGAAAUAUGGCUGGCAAUAGAAGUCUAAUGCUGAAAACAUUCAAUUUCCCUGAUAUUGUUAUUUGGAAUCCAUGGAGAGAGAAAGCAAAAGCAAUGCUGGACCUUUGUGAUAGUGAUUAUAUGAAAUUUGUUUGUGUUGAAGCUGGAAGAGUAAACAAAGAUAUUGUCCUGAAACCUGGUCAGAGCUAUGAAUGUAGCCAAAUUUUAGCUGCCAUUACAGCACUUUUGUAAUGGAUAUCCAUUUUGUUUCAAUAUACUUUUUCGGAAAAGGGGGAAAAAAUAUUCAAUCCAGUAAAUUGAAAUAAAAUGAUGAAAAAAAAAGGACUUGUAAGGUGUCAUUACAUUGCUUGAUUUUUGCAGUCUAAAAUGGUAUUUUUAAAAUGUGGUUUUAUGUAAAUAUUGUUUUAUAAAAACCCUUUACUCUGGCCGAAAAUGUAACAUUACAGCUGAGAAAUAAAGAAUAAUAAAUAUCAUUUAAUAUAAGAAAAAAAUUUAAGCUGUUUUUUUUUCUCCACCACCAAAAUAUAAUUUUCCAGUUUAAAUUUCAUAAAAUUAAAAAAAAAAAAUUGCAUCAGAUGUUGCCAUUUUUCUGUCUUCAACUGCCAACGUGGUUAAAUGAGUUUACAAUUCUAAUAUAUUUUGUUCUUCAAUUAUUUCUCAUUUCCAACUUAGCAUUCAAAGCCCAAUCAUAUAAGAAGUGCAUGUAUGUCAAAGUUAAAGUUGUUUAUGUGGCAGCUUCAUUGCAUAAUAAAAUAUUUUGCAAAAUAUUCUCUAUCCUUAAGUACCAAACAGAAAUUCCAAAGAAAAUUAAAAUGGUUUUUUCACCAAGUACUUUUGUACAGAAUAUUUAAAAGAAAUAUUAAUUUCUAUUGUUGGAUUUAGAUUUAUAAAGGAAGAGAAUUGUAAUUGCGUGACAUCAAAGCCUAUUUGAAGCAAUAUUGAUCACAUUAAUCUCUCCUUCCAUCUACUUUAAAAAGGCCAUUAAGGUGAAAAAAAAAAAAAAA